UGUUAACGUUACAUGUCACCGAUCCCACAAGUCACAACAAGAAGUACAAUGGAAGGCACUUGAGGACGUUAACCUUCGACCCUAUUACACACACCGCUGGAUGAGGCCCAGCACAGGGGAAACUGUUACGGUUAGCCUUACUGACGUCGAAGGGCAUCCUUACUCCAGAACCAUGCACAUGUUCCAGCAACCCCGCCCCACUCCGAGAUGUUUUGGUGGGAACACCGUCAAAGCGCUGUCUAUCACACAGAUAGUAUGCGGAUCUCUGGCCAUACUUUUGGGCAUCGCUAUCAUCAUACCGGGGAGUGGGCUCUUCAUGACCGGGUAUCCUAUCUGGACUGGAGCGAUGAUCAUAACCUUUAUGAUCCUGUCCAUCGUGUCUGCCGUCUUCACUGUUGUCGUGCUCUGGAUUGCGGCCGGUGACCUCAGCUUUGAUAGCUACGCGUGCUGGGACUGGGCCUGGGGUUGCCCUAACAAGACGGCACGAGUAGCGAUGGACUCGUUGCUGAUCAUCCUGGCCCUGUUAGAGGCUGGUCUGUCCAUCGCCUCCUCCGUGAUGACGUGUUGUGCCGUCUGCCCCUGUUGUAAAGGCGACAGUACAGACAGCUGCUGUGACAACUGCAGCGGCAAUAGUUACCAGAGUGUAACUAUGGCCGACUCAGAGCCCGGCUCGGGAGCAGCGGCGACGGCUCCGUCCGCCGCAGCCGAGGGACCAGGAGGGGAGCUCGCCACCAAAAAGGGCAGAGGGCGGCCUAAGAAGGACGCACAGCCUGCUGAGGGAAGGUCUGCGCUACGCCGGCGGCCAGUGGUGGCACCUGAGCACUACGCCCCGCCCCCGCCCAACCCCAGUGGCAAGCGAGGCCGUGGACGUCCACGAAAGUCGGAGGGGGAUGACGAGCCUCCCGUGAAGAAGGUGAACAGCGGUCAGGGCAAGCGAGGCCGUCCGCCCAAGAGUAACAAUUCAGAGGCAGCCAGGCCGAAGGGAAGGCCCAAGGGCUCCAAGAAGAAAGGCAAGGCUCAACCUGCCAAGGCAGCUGAGAAGGACGAGGAAGACUUCACCGAGGAGGGGGACGCUGAAGAGGUCGAAGAGAAGACUGAGGUGGUGGAGACUCCCAAGAAACGAGGCCGGCCCAAGAAGGAGACUCCUGCCGUCGUGACUGAGUCAGAUAACAAAGUGGACGCUGAUGCGCCUGCUGAAAAGACAGACGACUCUGCUGAGGAGGGGCAGUAGUUCAGGCUGUGGUCUCCCGUACCAGCCAUCCCUUUUUUUCAGUCUCAGAUUUAUAACCUUAAAUUGAACUUAUCUGUGUAUUUAGGGCUUUGAACACCUGUUGGUUCACAGAUUAUCUGCAUUUCUUCUCUCCUGAAACAGCGUGUAAGUGAUGUCAUUGUUCAGAUUACACUUAACACUUUUUUUAGACAUUUCAGUGCACUAAAUCCAUAAAGGUGUGACAAUUGUGGUUGUAGAUAUGCUUGAGCUAUCCACUUACUGCAAAAUCUUUUAUUAUUCUUUCUAUGAAGAGAUUGCACCUACAUUAAGCUGUCAUUAAGAAAUGGCAUCAAGAAUUCAUUUACGAUAGAUGUUUGAUAGCAUGACCUUUUGUUCGUUCUAUAAUCUUCAUCAUACAGUGUAUAUGUAUGUUUUCAUAUCUUUAUAAGUUGCUUUAACCUUUCUUCAAAGGCUACUUGUGAACCUAUGUGGGUGUAAUGGCAGCAGAGAAACUGGAAUACCUGUAAUCCACCUGUCUUUUAACAUUGUGUGAACGGGAUUUGACAUUGAUGGGUAUUCAACAUAGUAAAACAUUCCUCACUAAAUCAAACCUAACCCUUUAUCAAACUUGUGGAUGUGCCAUUGUUUAGGAGGCGAGAAACUUGUGUACAACUGUAGACAUUCAAACAAUAAUCUUUAUUGGGGACCAAAAAUUCUGCAAUCUGACUACACUUCCUGAAAAUGGCACGUCACUUUACCCACGGGGGUAAAAUUUGAUUAAAAAAAACAACACAGAAAGUGAAGCAGUGGUUGUACUAAGUAAGAUUAAUAACAGAAACUGGAUCAGGGCUUUUGAUACAAGGAAAACACAGCUGUUGCAGCAAAAGAAUUGGUCUACAACUGCUAACAUUACUCUUUUCUUAGAGAGAAAUAUAGUAAAUACCUUCAUAAUGAUACUACAUCUGAGUUGUGUGGGGGUGUUUUUGUUUCCAUCUGCUGCUUAUCCACAAAGGCCAUACUUUAUAUGAGUUUUUACUCUCAAUCUACAAAAACAUGCAGUUCUCUGAACAUUGCAACCAUUUUUUCUUAGAUAUGUCACUCAACAAAAUUAAGUUCAAGUCAGUAUGUAGCGUAAACUUUACUCAGACUGAUUGAAACCAAGUCAUACCUACAGGAAUCGCUCCACUCUGUACAAACAGGUUGUUAUGAUGUCAAUUUUCAUCUGAUGUAUAGGCUUGGUCAGUGUUAGUUGUGUAGUACUGGAGUAUUGAUACUGUGUAUAGUCAAGAGUUUGUAUUUAGCUCACAUCUUAGCUUGGUAAGUAUUGGUGGUUAGAGAUGGCACUAGACUCUGAAUAACCUGGCAUCAAUUCUUUGUGUUAACGUUGCUUGAGCAAGGUUAUUGAAGCAGAUGAGCUAAGCCUCUGAUGUAACUUCAGUUAUACACAUCCAAGUGACAUUUCACCUGAGUUAGGUAUGCCUAAAUGUAUUAUCAAAAUGCAUACAUAAGAAAAACACCUAGCUAGACCAAAAUAUUCCUCUAGCCAAGCCAAGCUUCCAGAACUGGAAUGUGUAGACUGGACAUUAAAAAAAGUACAAUUUUUUAUAAUGUCAUCCCUCAUGAUGUACCUCAGAUAGCUCAGCAAGUCUACUUCAUGUUAAAGUUCGGUUCUAUUG